AUGGGUGCGAAAACUUCCAAGCUUUCCAAAGAUGAUUUGACCAGUCUCAGACAAUCCACAUACUUUGAUCGUCGCGAAAUUCAACAAUGGCAUAAGGGCUUUCUCAGAGACUGUCCAUCUGGAGAACUAACCAAAGACGAGUUCACCAAGAUAUACAAGCAGUUUUUCCCAUUCGGAGCACCCGAGGAGUUCGCAAACCAUGUAUUCAAGGUGUUUGACAAAGACGAAAACGGCACCAUCGAUUUCAAGGAAUUCAUAUCGGCUCUAAGCACAACUUCAAGAGGAACUCUAGAGGAAAAGCUUGUGUGGGCUUUCCAGCUCUACGAUCUAGAUCACGAUGGGUCCAUCUCUUACGAUGAAAUGCUCACGAUAGUUUCUAGCAUCUACAAGAUGAUAGGGUCGAUGGUCAAGCUGGAAGAUAACGAGGCGACGCCAGAGCUGCGCGUGAAGAAAAUAUUCAAGCUAAUGGACAAGAACGAAGAUGGCGAGAUCUCCCUGGAGGAGUUUCGCGAAGCUUCGAAAGUCGAUCCCUCAAUCGUGAGCGCUUUGAACCUAUACGAUGGAUUGGUAUAA